CUGUAACUGUGCGUGUUGCAACCCACAACAACACGAGAGGAUUUAUUUGUGUCGUGGAGUAACAGCUACUGUCACGACGCGUAGCUGGCACACAGGAGCGGACAGGCGGCAGAUAACAGCUGCUCUGCCCGGCGCCGGGAGCCUCCAACCCGGGGACUGGUGGGGACUGGUGGGGUGGGCUAGCUGGAAGGCUAGCUAGCUGACUGGCAUUAGCCUGUCACAACAGCAUCCUCAAACACUUCGCUACGUUGACGCCAACUCAACAGGUCUGUGAAGAUGGAUUGAAACAUGAAGGGCGGAACUGUCCCAUCAUCAAAAUAGGAGGACUCACUUCAGGUUGUGCCCUACAGCUUAACUCUGUGACUGAGCUGGGAGACAGAGAGGAAGAUGCCUCCCAGGCCGUCUUCAGGGGAGCUAUGGGGCAUCCACUUGAUGCCGCCAAGGAUCCUGGUGGACUGCCUGCUGCCUAAUGGGAUGAUUCUGACCCUGGAGUGUCUCCGUGAGGCCACGCUCAUCACCAUCAAACAUGAGCUGUUUAAGGAGGCCAGGAAAUAUCCCCUCCAUCACCUCCUGCAGGAGGAGACGUCCUAUAUCUUUGUCAGUGUUACACAGGAAGCAGAGCGGGAGGAGUUCUAUGAUGAGACCCGGAGGCUGUGUGAUCUUCGACUCUUCCAGCCUUUCCUCAAGGUCAUUGAACCAGUUGGCAACAGAGAGGAAAAGAUCCUCAACAGAGAGAUUGGUUUUGCCAUUGGUAUGCCUGUGUGUGAGUUCGACCUUGUGAAGGACCCUGAGGUUCAGGACUUCAGGAGAAACAUCCUGAAUGUUUGUAAAGACUCUGUGGAGCUGAGAGAUGCCAGCGGGCCCCACAGUAGAGCGCUGUAUGUUUACCCACCCAAUGUAGAAUCCACACAGGAACUUCCCAAACACAUCUAUAGCAAACUGGACAAAGGUCAGAUUAUUGUUGUGAUUUGGGUGAUUGUUUCUCCAAACAAUGACAAACAAAAGUAUACACUGAAGAUAAACCACGACUGUGUGCCUGAACAGGUGAUUGCAGAGGCCAUUCGCAAGAAGACACGCAGCAUGCUCUUGUCCCCAGAGCAGCUGAAGAUGUGUGUCCAGGAAUAUCAGGGUAAAUACAUCCUCAAAGUUUGUGGCUGUGAUGAGUACCUGCUGGAAAAGUACCCUAUCAGCCAGUAUAAGUAUAUCCGUAGUUGCAUCAUGCUGGCCAGGAUGCCAAACCUGAUGUUAAUGGCUAAGGACAGCCUAUACACUCAGUUGCCUACAGAUAACUUUGUCAUGCCGUCAUACUCUCGACGCAUCUCUACCGCAACGUCCUAUAUGAAUGGCGAGGCAGCUGCCAAGUCGCUGUGGACCAUCAACGGAACCCUGCGAAUCCGAAUCCUGUGUGCCACCUAUGUUAACGUCAAUAUACGGGACAUAGACAAGAUAUAUGUGAGAACAGGCAUUUACCAUGGAGGUGAACAGAUGUGUGACAAUGUCAACACACAGAGAGUACCCUGCUCCAACCCCAGGUGGAACGAGUGGCUCACCUAUGAUAUGUACAUCCCAGACAUACCCCGUGCUGCCAGACUCUGCCUCUCCAUCUGCUCUGUCAAAGGCAGGAAGGGAGCCAAGGAGGAGCACUGUCCACUAGCUUGGGGUAAUAUCAACUUGUUUGACUACACUCACACUCUGGUGGCCAACAAGAUGGCUUUGAACCUCUGGCCUGUUCCUCACGGCCUUGAAGACCUCCUCAACCCCAUAGGAGUCACUGGAUCAAACCCUAAUAAGGAAACCCCAUGUCUGGAGCUAGAGUUUGACCACUUCAGCAGUUCAGUCAAAUACCCAGAUAUGAAUGCAGUAGAGGACCACGCAAACUGGACCAUAUCGAGGGAACUGGGGUUUAACUACAAUCUCUCUGGACAGAGCAACCGGUCAGCCAGAGAUCACGCCUUAACAGAUAGCGACUCUGAACAGAUGAGACAGCUGAGUAACAGAGACCCUCUUUCAGAAAUCACUGAGCAGGAGAAAGACUUCCUCUGGAGACACAGGCACUACUGCAUGAACAUCCCUGAGAUCCUUCCCAAGAUCCUUCUCGCAGUCAAAUGGAACUCCAGAGAUGAAGUAGCACAGAUGUACUGUCUUUUAAAGGAAUGGCCAUCUAUCCGUCCUGAGCAGGCCAUGGAGCUGCUGGAUUGUAACUAUCCAGACCCCAUGGUCAGGCACUUUGCUGUACGCUGCCUUGACAAAUACCUGACUGAUGAUAAACUGUCCCAAUACCUCAUCCAGCUGGUACAGGUAUUAAAAUAUGAGCAGUAUCUUGACAAUCCCCUGGCCCGUUUCCUCCUCAAAAAGGCCCUGACCAAUCAAAGGAUAGGUCAUUUCUUCUUUUGGCAUCUCAAGUCAGAAAUGCACAAUAAAACAGUGAGCCAGAGGUUUGGGCUGCUGCUGGAGGCUUACUGCAGGGCAUGUGGCAUGUACCUCAAACACCUGAGCAGGCAGGUAGAGGCCAUGGAGAAGCUCAUUAACCUCACUGACAUCCUUAAACAGGAGAAGAAGGAUGAGACGCAGAAGGUCCAGAUGCGGUUUCUUGUGGACCAGAUGAAGAGACCGGACUACAUGGAUGCCCUGCAGAACUUCACCUCUCCUCUCAACCCUGCACACCAACUGGGAAACCUGAGGUUAGAUGAGUGCAGGAUCAUGUCAUCAGCCAAGAGACCGUUGUGGUUGAACUGGGAGAAUCCUGACAUCAUGUCCGAGCUGCUCUUUCAGAACAAUGAGAUCAUCUUUAAAAAUGGAGAUGAUUUGCGACAGGACAUGCUGACGUUGCAGAUCAUUAAAAUCAUGGAGAAUAUUUGGCAGAAUCAGGGACUGGACCUUCGGAUGCUUCCUUACGGCUGCCUGUCAUUAGGAGACUGUGUGGGACUAAUUGAGGUGGUUCGCAGCUCCCACACCAUCAUGCAGAUUCAGUGUAAAGGAGGCUUGAAAGGAGCCCUGCAGUUCAACUCAAACACUCUGCAUCAAUGGCUUAAGGACAAGAACAAGGGCGAGAUGUAUGACAUGGCUGUGGAGCUGUUUACAAGGUCCUGUGCUGGCUACUGUGUAGCUACAUUUAUCCUCGGGAUAGGAGACAGACACAACAGCAACAUCAUGGUCAAAGAUGAUGGACAGUUAUUUCAUAUAGAUUUUGGCCAUUUCCUGGAUCAUAAGAAGAAGAAAUUUGGCUACAAGAGAGAGCGAGUGCCCUUUGUACUGACACAAGACUUCCUCAUCGUCAUCAGCAAGGGGUCCCAGGAGUGUGCAAAGACCAAAGAGUUUGAGAGGUUCCAGGAGAUGUGUUAUAAAGCCUACCUGGCUAUCCGGCAGCAUGCUAACCUCUUCAUCAACCUGUUCUCCAUGAUGCUGGGCUCUGGCAUGCCUGAGCUGCAGUCAUUUGAUGACAUUGCCUACAUCAGGAAGACGCUGGCCCUGGAAAAAAGCGAACAGGAGGCGUUGGACUACUUUAUGAAGCAGAUGAACGAUGCUCACCAUGGAGGGUGGACCACCAAGAUGGACUGGAUAUUCCACACAAUUAGACAGCAUACACUAAACUGAUCUCCUGCACACAGAGAAAGACCCCAGUCCCACAGUGGAGUAACACCUCGCUGAUGAUGGAAAUUUGCAGGUUGAUUUUUUUUCUUUCCUUUUAAAACACCAACACCAUGUCUAUUUAUUUAAACGAGGUUCCUGUUUUCCUGCAUUUUCUUGCCAUGAUCAUCUGUCGUUUUCUGUGGUCGUGACGUCUACAAGAGAGCGUUGUCCUCAUGUCCUGGUGAAGGUGUGCCCGACCCGAGCGAUGCUUGCAUUCAACUAUUCUUCCUCAGUUUUUUCCCAACCGGAACAAACUGGGUGAGGAAGGACAUUUUACCACUCCACCCUGCUGCUUGUGCUGGAAAACACAAAUUGGACAAAUCAGCGUAGACACAUCCACAGAUUUAUAAAUGUAGCCACAAAGUAAGUUCAACUUGCUGCCCUUCUGCUGUAAUACUUCUGCUCUGUGGCUCCGGUCGAGAAAGGAGGUGCUUGGGAACCAUUUUUAUCUCAUCACUGCUGAGAAGAUAGCGGGCACAAGGAGCUGUCUAAAUUAUCUCACAUAAUAAGCAAAUGUGUUGCACCGUGCAGGAUUACUGGAAUAUUGGGGCUUCUAUGAUGACUUGGUCUUUUACCCUCUUUGUGGUGGAGUUGCCCUCCAGAGCUGAUUUGGUGUCAGUUUUUCCAGCUUUUCCACCAGAAAUGUCACAGCUCAAAAACUGGUUUCUGGGUUGUUUAGCUUAAAAAAAAAGGAUUUCUGGGUUGUUUUGCACAGCUCUACAAUCUGCAGGUGUCAAUGAAAAGCACUCCACUCUCUGGGACAUUUGUUGGUGGUGCAGCUUUCUUGCAUAAACUUCAGGGUGAUGAUGCCUCUCCAUCGAGAGAAAAAAAAAACAGCACUUAGAAUUACCAGAUUAAUAUACAGAUUUGUUAUGAAUGUAUUUAUGUAUCUAGUUUCUUUCAGUUUUUACACAAGCAACUCUCCAGAAACACACAUUUGUUUGUGUAAUAUAUAUUUUUGUUUUUAUUUAAAUCUAUUUGCUUCCUUCUUCUGACUACUCGGAGUGCAACAGCUCUCCCCUUUUCGUUUCGACUAUAGAGUUCUGCUCAUGUUCGUAGAUUUACAUUGCUGAUGCCUCUUUUGCCUUUGUUACUUUUAAGUUAAGUAUCCCAUAUGACCUUAUUAGUAGCAGCUCACUUUGUGUUAUUUUGGCAAGUGUUCAGCCCUACUUGGAUUUUGUAAACAUUCAUUUGUUGAGGAUACAAUUUGGUAAGAAUGAAAGUGCCAGUCUCACAUUUUAUGAAUAAUGGGACCUAUUUAAAGCCUCCGGCUGUCUGUUUUGUUGGCAAGCAGAAGCCCAGGAGAAUGUCACGUCUUCCUGUUGAUAAAAUGCCUUGGCAUCACAGCACAACACUGCACAACAUCGCACACUGCUAAGCCCAACAAACUCUGCUUAAAUAAGUUGUAGUAAGCAAACCAUGACAGUUACUAUUAAAAGCAGAAUUUUACCUUCCUUCUGUAACAUAUUUUAUUUCUAACCAUGUCAGGUCAUCACACAUUAUAAUGUUAAAAUGUCAACUCAUGGACAAAGCGUAUUUCACUUUUGACACCUUUUGGACAGCUUUCACUGAGCCCAUAGCACUUAGUAUUUGAGCCAUGCUCUCAGUCGCCAUGCACUUUUCAUGCUCUACACUCUUUUAUUUGAUUUUUAAAUUUUUACAGGUUAACCCAACAGAAACAUUUGAGUAUGUCAUGUUUUUAACAUUUGUGAGUCACAGUGAAGUCACAGUGAAGUGGCAGUUGCGGCGUCUUUAGUGAAACAUGUGAAACACUGCAUUUAGGCAAGAUUUAGUUAUGAGAAGAAGUUGAACAAAUCUUUCAAAUUUCAUUGGAUGGCUUUAAAGUGGGCAUAGUUUUGCCCUAAAAUGCUUUAGUGGAUUGUUUGUCACCACUCAAAUCUCCAUUACCUGUUAGUUGUAUAACUUAUCAUCACAAUUACUUUACCUUGAAAUAGUAUAUCUAUGAGUUUAAAAUGAGAUAAAAAUAUAAAAUAUAAAAAUAUAUUAUUAUUUUAAAGAAAGAUUGGAUUUUCUAAUAAAAUACUUUAAAUCAAGACUACAAUUAACACAGGAUUACAGUUUGGAAAAUACAUUUUUAAAGUCCAUUUUCUACUUUACAGAAACAGAACCAGUGUUCACCCUCACUCCCAUUCACACACAUUCAUACCAGGGCAGGGGAAAAGAAAUGAGGAAGGAAGGAAAACAAAUGAACAUAAGAUAAUAAGUUAUGAGUAUAGUAAAGAUAAAUACAUUUUUAUUUGUUGACUUCUUCAUUGAUAGCGAGGUGUCAAUAUGUUGCCAGGUUUUAUUGAAGGUCUUGAAGGAUCCUGUAAGGGGGAGAACCCAAUCUGCUCAAGCCUGAUCGAUGCACUGCCGUAUGUAAUGAAUCCGUCCAUUAUUAGUAGAGAAUAAGCCUCCUAGCAAGCAGAGUGAUGAAUGCAAUAACAUGUUUAGUGGUGUUGGGCAUUUAAACAAAUAGGAAAAUGACAAUGAGGGGGUCUGCUGUUUUACCCACAACCCCAAUAACGAAGGAAAAAAAUGUGCAUAUAGUCAGCGGGUUGUUGUUUACAUCUCUUGCUACAUCAGUUCUGUAUAAAAGGCGUUUUUACCUUGAGUGGCAUAAAAUGUACAGCUUUGUUAGUUGAGUUGAGAACUUUCCGUACGGUGUGCUUUGUUAAGAAGAGAAUGUAGUAUUUUACAAGAGAAGGGGCCUAAGAGCAGCCUCAAAUGCCGCCAACGCCUUCACAAUAUAGCUAGAAAGACACUUGGAUGUGAGCGUAACUAAAUCAUUAUCUCAGUAACCCGACAGUACGAAACUCAAUCUACCAGCGGAAAACAAAGUCAGCACUUUGUAUGCUCAGCUGUUGAUUGUAUCGAAAAGCCAAAAAAAAGUGGAGGUGUGUUCUGAUGUAGUGAACUAAUGGCUAGAAUGUAUUUAAUUGAUAUGAAAGCAUGGAACUUAUCUUUUUAACAUUUUUGCAUCAUUCAUGUUUUCUUUCUAAAGUCAGAUGCAGUGUCACUAAACAGUAGGGUAUCAGCAGAGAGCUCUUCUCUUAUUUUUCUUAACGUGCCAAAUCAGGCAUGACUGAGGCCUGUGAAAGCCAAUGCUGGAAUGACAUCAUGCAGUAAGGCAUAUCAGUUACAAACUUUAAAAAAGGAAAAGGUUGGAGUUUGCACUUACAAAUUAUAGUUCUCAAUGCCUUUUUGUCCAAAAGGACUCUGUAAGAAGAAAGUUAGCCUAGUACGCAUGUUUCUCAAGCAGCAUAACCAGUGAGUGUGAUGUACAUUAAGCAGUGUGUAUGUACAGUUACAGUCAAGCCUCUUUUCUAUGGUGGGCUUCAUGUGUGACAAACCUGUAGUGUUGUUAUCUUAAUUAUCGUUUCCCAUGUAUCCUCCGAACUGAUUGUGUGCGUGACUGUUUGCAUUAAUUGUCUUUCUGUACAGGUUGCAGAGCUUCAUUGGCAGGCCCCAAUGAAAACCCACACUGUAUGUAUGUAUGUAUGUGUCCAUGUGUCUGUGUGAAGACACUAACUGUUGAAGUGGUGGUGUCUCUAAAUGUAAGCUACCCCCCCUCCACUGGCUGGUCUAUGCCAGAGAAGGAAAAACAAAAAGUUUUUUGCAUCGUUUGUAAGGAAACGUGGCUUUUUUCAUACAUAAGUUGUAAAUGUUUUUACUUGAAAUGCCACAAAUCAGAACCACAGCUGUAUUUAGUUGGUUUGAAGUUGAUAUGGGGGGCUAGUGCAGUGUCUAUUUAGUACCGAUUGUGAGAGUGUGUGUGUGUAUUGUACUGUACAUAAGCACCGAAGGUUGAAGCAUUGUUCCCAGACUGUUUGUUUGAUACUGGCAGUGAAUGUUACUGGUGCCACAGUCAUACAUUUCAGAGUGAAGACACAGCUACUUCAUGAUAAUGAAGGUUGUGCUUGAGUCCAAAUUUCUCAGAUCAGGUGCAGUAAGAACUGUGAUAAAGUAUCUUAUGGGAUAUAAUAAGAUUUAAUCAUCUUGAGUCAUAAAAUCGUAAGAAUUCUCUCCAGCAGCUAAGUUAGUUCUCACCUCUUCUCAGAGGUUCCUCAAAGCUCUCCUGGUCUCAAUCUUUGGCACUGAAUUGGUGCAGGAAUCAUAAUUGUUGCACUUGUUUUUCUUGCUUAAAGUGAAGGUGGCUUUUUAUCUCUUUGUGUAAAGUCACAAAAUUUUUACAAUGAAAACACAGGCCAACUGUAAAAUUACAAACCUUUCUGUAUAGAUCAACAAUCUGCAGCAGGUUGACUAUCAUGAUCAAUAAUCAUUUCACUUGCUGUUUUACGAAGUUCGAUGAAAUUGUAAAUAUUUGAUCUCACUUAAAGGGACACUUCAGUAUUUUUCACCGUAUUUUCCCAUGGUUUUGUUCUUCUUUGUGACUAAUGGGGACAACAAGUUUUGAAACUGGUGCGGUAUUAAGUGAGAUUGCUGCAGCUGGCAGCCACGAAAUGAAUUGCAAUGUAUUGCAACGGCUCACCGUCAAUGUACGGCCACUAAAAGUGCUUGUUUUUGCCACUCAGAUUGUUGUAAGUGUCCAACAACAUUACAGAAAGGAUUCUACAGAGAAAUAAGACCUUUUUCUUUAACAGUGGAGAAAACAAGCAUUUUAGUGGGUAUACAUUGACGAUGCACAAUUAAAAAAGUAUUGCAUUGCUCAUUACUUGAUUAGUUAAUUUAAAAAAUUGGAAAGAAGAAUCUGGAUCAAAAAAUACUGGAGUUUCCCUUUGAGCGAGAGGAUGGGAAUCCUUUCUUCAUCCAUUGCUAAAACAAUCAUAUUGAUCUGAGAUGUGAUUCCAACAUGAACAGUGGGCACAAUAACAUGAAUGGCCACAAAAUCUAAUGCAAUAUCCGUGCAGUAAAUACUACUCUUGUGAAACCUCUAACAUUCUGUUUUUGAUUGGUCUGUUCCCGUUCCUUUCUGUUCCCCUGAUGGUGUUCAUGUUAUUCUGUCCACUGCCUGUAUGAUUAUAUUGGACCUGAUAUUUAGUAAGUUUAGUAAAAGUUAGUUUUUUCCUUUCUGUAAAGCAGCUAAAACAUUAUCAAACUCACAGUUACAACUGUUUGUUUUAACACAAAUUGUGAUUUUAGAAGCCCUUUUGAUGAAAGUCAAAAGUUUCAAACUGUAAAGAGGGAAAAUAUGACUAAUCAUGAAGAUGAUUGAUCAUUUGUGAUCAUUUUUGAGGCUUCAGAAGUAUCCUGAAUUGUCACUUUAAAGAGAAGUAUUGACUAAAAGGUCUGUGGCUUCAUGUUUUUUUUUUGUAUGCAGUGCUCUAAACUACCUUAUAGUUUGUCGCUAAUAUAUUUCCACAACAUGCCAUGCUGUCAGAACCUUAACCUAUGCUAUGAAUGAAUGUACAACGGGCCAAUGUAUUGUUUUUCACAGCCUACCUGCAUGAGAUUGGGUUAAAAUUAAUAUUUGUCUUCUUGCUACAUUUUUAUUUGUUGUUGUUUUUUUAAUUUAGUCUGAAAAGCAGCCAUACAGAUAUUUAUAAAUUACUGCCUUAAGUUAGCUCCAUGUAGGAACAGUUUCAUCGUCACAAUAACCUGCAUUUUUUUUUUUUUAAUGAAAGUAUAUUGUGUUUAGUUUUUGGCUCCCCGGUCACAGAGUAAAGGUUUGUACCCUGAUUGACUGACUGGUCAUCUGAGUGUUCUGUGAAGAUGUACAAAUAAAUUUGUUAAACAUU